AGAGCCCAGCACAGAGGGGAGAGCAGGAGCACAGCACAGAGGGGAGAGCAGGAGCACAGCACAGAGGAGGCGAGAGCAAGAGCCCAGCACAGAGGGGAGAGACAGAGCCAAGCACAGAAGCGAGAGAAAGAGCCCAGCACAGAGGAGAGAGAGCAAGCCCAGCACGGAGUGGAGAGCAAGAGCACAGCACAAAGGAGAGAGAGAGAGAGAGGGAGACAGCAAGCC